AUGGCUGCAGAGGCCGUAAUUGCGUUCGCGGAACCGCACCGCCUUCGCGCUGCGAACACAAAAACCGAGCCAAUUACCCCCGGUGCGGGACCCUUCGAGGGGACACGCCCAGCGCGGUCGCCCCUGGGUUGCCAGGCUUCAACAUCACGACAACAUGAGAUACCAAGUGGAAAAGCAAUGUCUCCAAUAGUGCCGAUAGCACAAACUCGAGCAAUCUCUACAAUGAUGUGUCGACGGCUCGCUUACCUUGUAAUGUACGUUCUCGGCUCGCGAGGAAUCUGUUACCCCGUACCUGAUAGGGUUACGUCACAGCCGCCUCUGUACCAGUGGAGAUGGUGCGGUGGGCGUGGCUACGUUCUCCGCCCACUAUUCCACUCACAGAGGCAAACGGUGAGCGGACUAAAUCGGGCCGGCCUCUCGCCUCCGGCCAAUAAAUCGCGCGAGGAAUCUCUCUUCCCGCCACACUUGCUCGUCUUCUUGUGUUCGUUGCCAUCGGAGCGAUGGAUUCGUUCGGCUUCUCACAUUCCGAUGUGCAAGACGCGAGUCUUAUGGGAACUCACAGAGAGACUAGAGUAUAAUAAGCAAUAG